CUGCUAUCCAAUCCCAGCGCGGGAGGCGGGCCUUGUACGAAAACGGGUGCGUGUAAUAGAAAACCCACCGCAGGACGAUGGAGGAGGCUCUGCCGCACAGGAACGGCGAUGAUCCGCCAGAGAAACGACAGCACAGCGCCGGAUCGGCAUAAAGUCUACAUCAUGUGAUAGUGGAUCGGAAGCAAGAGAAUGGGGCUGCGGUUGGUGGAAAAGGGGCACCACAGCCAGCGGAUGGCGAUCUUUGGGGCGGUCUUCAUCAUCACAACCCUCCUCAUUCUUUACAGCUCCAACACUGGUAAUGACCUGUACGGGUCUUUUAAAGGAGGGCCGUUCCACGAAGCCUACAAAACCACAAACCUGAAGAAAUGGGCUGGCAAAGAAGGCUACACCCCUGUCUUCGGCAACAAGAGCAUGAACCUGCGCUGUCACCAGUGUGCGCUGGUGAUGAGCUCCAGCCACGUCCUGGGCACCCACGCCGGAGAGGAAAUUGACCGCUUCGAGUGUGUCAUCCGCAUGAACGACGCCCCGACCUCCGGGUUCGAGACAGAUGUGGGGAACCGGACCAGCCUGCGUGUCGUCGCCCACUCCAGCGUGUUCCGGGUCAUCCGCAAGCCGCAGGAAUUCCUCAACCGCUCGGAGAACCUGUCCGUCAUCUUCUGGGGCCCGCCCACCAAGAUCGGACGAGACGCCAAAGGAACACUGUACCGGCUGAUCCAACGGGUCAGCAUGACCUACAGCAACGUGUCCACCUUCACCAUCUCCCCGGGCAAAAUGCACAAGUUCGACGCGCUCUUUCAGAAGGAGACCGGCCGAGACAGACAGAAGUCUAAGUCAUGGCUGAGCACCGGCUGGUUCACCAUGGUGAUCGCCAUCGAGAUAUGUGAUAACAUCACGGUUUACGGGAUGGUGCCUCCAAACUACUGUGGGAGGCACCCUCAGCCCAAGCGGAUGCCAUAUCACUACUACAAACCCAGAGGGCCGGACGAAUGCAUGACGUACCUGCAGAACGAGAAGGGUCGCAGAGGAAACCACCAUCGUUUCAUCACCGAGAAACAGGUGUUCUCUCGCUGGGCCAAACUCUACAACAUCACUUUCACACACCCCGCCUGGUGAGAAAUCAGCCCAACGUGGUGGCCAGCCCUUCUGUUAGCCCAACAAGAACCUGAUUCAAUACAGCUAGCAUGUGGCUAACCUCAGCCUCAGGAGAAACUACACCAGUUUCAUCCCUCUGGGCUGUUGAGAUUGAGCCAAAAUGACUUUCUCCUGUCACACAUUGAGCCUAAAGUGAGAUUAAUCCAAAACGGCUGCCUAGUUCAUGUAGAUUACUUGCUAAAAUGAUCCAGAAUGGCUGCCGGCUUUACGUAAAGAGGAGCCUCAAAAGUGGGGUUUUAAGAAAGGAGCUGGCUCAAACGUUAAUCUGAGGUAAGAAAUCUUCAGAAAAGACCUUUACACUUUUGAAUUUUUAUCAUAGGUAAUAAAACAGUGAGCUGUGUGUAAGAAUCGCAAAGAAAAUGGUCCAAAUUGGCUGCCAGCUUCACAUAGCUAGCUAGCUAACGUGGCAUCGGAAAAUUGGGGGAUUGCGAAAGGAGCUGGCUAAAACGGAAAUCUGAAGUAAGAAAUCUUCGGAAAAACAUUUACACUCUCGCAUUUUUAUUGUUGUUAAUAAAACGGUGAACUGUGCAAGAAUCGUGAAGAAAUUGAUCCAAAUUGGCUGCCAUCUCCACAUAGCUAGCUGGCAAGCUAGCAAGCUAAAGUGGAGCCCAAAAAGUGGGGCAUUAAUAAUAGCUGGCUAAAACAGAAAUAUGAAGUAUGAAAUCUUCAGAAAAAACCUUUACACUCUGGCAUUUUUAUCGUUGUUAAUAAAACUGAACGCUGUGCAAGAAUCGUGAAGAAAAUGAUCCAAACUGGCUGCCAGCUUUCCAUAGCUAGCUAGCUAACAUGGCAUCAGAAAUGUGGGGGAUUGCGAAAGGAGCUGGCUAAAAUGGAAAUCUGAGGGAAGAAAUCUUCAGAAAAAACCUUUACACUCCUGCGUUUUUAUCGUAGGUAAUAAAACAGUGAGCUGUGCAAGAACCGUGAAGAAUUUACAGAACUAGCCAAGCCGAACAAUCAAAGCUCUCACUUUGUAAUUCCUUCAUUUGAGACUUCACUUCUCCCUCACAACUGAAACGAACCCUGUGCGAGUUGCUUUUUUGGUACAAACAUGAUAAAGUAUUAUACAGUUUGGCCGUCUUAAAGGCUGGCAGGUAUUCCCAUUUUUUGUUUAUCAGAUGAAAGAAGUAAAUUAUGCUUAAGAUUUUAUGAGAUGUUAAGAACUUUGCAAUAAUCGGCGAAUCCGUGCUGAGCACUAUUUUUUUUGUAAGGUGAAAUGUUACUGAAAAAUGAUAUUUUUAAGCCUUUAUAAUGUUUUAAAAAAAGCCCUUAACUGUAAAAUAAAAAAAAGGCUAGAAAUAACAUCGUAGUCCUCCCCGUAGAAGAUAACAUUACUCCAAUGAAAAGCACCUCUUGUGGACUUAUGGGAAAACCGCACUUGCGAGCUUUUCCCAACACACUAGUGCCAUUCUUCGACACAACAGCUUCCCAAAAGCACGGACACCUUAAGGUCAUCUUACCUCCUAGAGACGCUGGCUUUCGAUCAUAUGUUGAUGAUCUUCGAUCAUUAGUGCUUUUAGGCUAAAUCAACCGGCCCAUUGCAGUGGUGCACGGUUUGUACGUACCAGCGUGUCCAGUGUCCAGGCAGCACCGGGUUCGAAGCCGGACUCUGUGUUGCAGUCCCUCUGUUUAAAUAAUCAUCACUGUCCUAUCAAAACCUCGCAACUUCAUUUUUUUUCCCCACGCCAGCUGCCAUUUAAAUGAACAUCUUAUGAUAAACUGACCGAUAAAAAUGUUCCAAAAUUAUUUGGAAUUACAUCAGUUUACAUUAAAGUUACGGAUGUGUUUUUCAGAGUAGGGCCUUACCGACACGAGCGUUUUUGUGGCCAGUGCUGACUCCAGUUUUAAGCUGACCGCUAAAUAAACGCUAAAAUUCUAAUUGUGUAAAAGAAAUUUUACAUUUAUAUUUGAGCUUUGUAAUUUUAUACUGUGACAACAUUAGUUCAACAGCUCUUUGCUGACUGAUUGUCAGUUCGGAAUGGUCAUUUCUUCAAUAGUGUAAAUAUUUUAACACUGGGGGUGGGGCUAGAACUGGGGGAAUGUCUUUCCGGUAUUGGCAAAGAAUUCCGAAAUUGGCUUUUAUUAUUGCAAUCGUGAUGGACUUUUGUACUGUAUUAUCGGUAGAUUGCGAGUUCAAAUCCCGCCGAUGGUGCAGCCAAGCCAAAAAAGUUUGACGCAUUAUGUUGUCAAUACCGAUAAAACUGCAGCAUUGACCGAUAUUAUCAGCUAAUCGAUAAGUCGUUCGGGUUCCAUUUUAGAGAUGAGGUUUUGUUACGACAGCGACGACACGCGGUCACUGCCCCCCCACCACUUCUCCCAGGUAGAACACUGAGGUGUAAUCAAGAAUCUAGAAUCCCCCUCAAGCUGGCCUUCUGGACUUGAGUCUUCAUUCUCUCAACCAAGCCAAUAUGCUGUGCCCAGACUGUCCAGGACGUUACGUCCAGAUCGGCCUACGGAAACGAAGGAACUGAACAUCCAAACGAAAGCCAAAAGUGUGGAAAGGGAUGGUGAUUCAGACAAUAGCCAGACGAACUGUCGAAAUGUGUAAAAGCCUUAAACUCUGUUUGUGUUGACCGGCAGUUACAGUGAUGUUUCCUUGUGAAAUCCGAGUUCCAAAGGCUGUAACUGCCAGCACAUUUAGUAUGACGUCCUUAUAGUUUAGUACAGGGCCUUUGUGCACUUGCCCUGAUCGUUAGACACAGACACACACACACACACACACAUCCAUAUACAUAGAUAUUUAAAUAUAUAUAGAUCUAUAAAUGUCAUUAUGCCGUUACUUGCUUGAAGCUUUCUCGCUGCUCACAUGACUUUAUACAAAAAUGCUCUUGGCAUGCUGUGAGUGGACGGUUUUAUUCCUGACAGUGUUUUGAUGGGAGGAGGUUUUUGACCUCAGUUUUUACUCUGAAUGUUUCCUCUAUCUCCCAUUACAUCCAUGAUCAGUUAACUCUUCCGGCGGGUGAGUAAAACCUUCAUAAGAUUUGAACCAGCUUAAAGCGACAGUUUGAAAUCAAGCGUACACCUUUUCCUCUUCUCCCAAACGGAGUCGACAAGUUUGCUUCUUUAUUUAACGCAAUAACGGAUUUGUUCACCAAUUAGCAUCGUGCUAACUGCAUGCCUCAAACCAUAUGUAGUCGUUAUCUCAAACAAAGAUUUCUGUGGUUUCUGACACUGUUAUCUGUUAAAAACAGACCAAAUAUGCCUUGUGUUACUACAUUUGGGGAAAAUGGGAAAGUUGUGUACAUUUGUUUCGUUUUUUGGUUUGGUUUUUUUUGCCGAAUUAUUGCUUUAAGCACCUCAAAGACCCGUUCAGAAUAAACACUGGGAUUGUGAUGUUGGCCUGAGACACCUGGGAUGUAGGAGCCUCAGGAGCCGGGCAUCAGGAACGAGAAUACUGGCAUGUCAGUAAAAGCUAAAUAAUUAACCGAAAAAGCUAAAUUCCAGUUCAGUAUGCUGCAUCCCGACGCCCCAGGCAUGUACAAAGUGGCUUUGUCCAAAAUGACCCUGCACCCUUCCUCCCGAACAUCUUAAAGUCGAAUUCCGCAGAUGGUUCACAAUCUCUGCAUAAUUAAUUCAGAGUUGGUGAGAAAUGGUCCAGACGUCUGUACAGUGGUGGUGAUGGGAACCAGGGGUCACCAUGACUACAACAUUUUCCAGAACCACCAGAGAACCUACACGAGUCUUAGGUUUGUAGUUUCAUAUGGCAUGUUGAUGGUAAAAAAAGUGGAAAAAGGUUUUCUUUGGGAACUGUUUUGCCAGACCCAGACAGGUUUCUCCACCACUGUGAACUGUGUCACCACCACUGUGAACAGUUCUGAAAUCGGUCAGUUUAUCUAGCAGAGCGUUUCACGCCAAACCACUCUGAAUGACUUUGUUUAUAUCUUUACCAUUCAAUUGUGCAGAGAUUUGAACAAAGUCUAACCUGUGGGGUCAUAGUAAACAUCUUGAAAUGGGUGUGAAUGUCUACUAUCAUACAGUUGUUUCAAUAUCCGAUUAUUUCGCUUAUUUCUAAUGUUUUUACUAGUUUUCUUAAGUAAUGUUAUCCAAAGAAACAGUCUUAUUCUGUUGGCAGAUCAUUUCGCUUGUUUUAAGAAAUAAUGCAUGAAAUAAGCAAAAUAAUCUGCCGUGUCUAGAAGUUAAAUAAAUGUAUAAUAUUAAUGCAAAAGUCUCAAAAUGAUAAUGACCUCACUUGCCAUGUAGGGCUGCACGAUAUAGACAAAAUACCAGUAUUAUGAUGACCUUGUGACAGUUUGCUAUAUGCUAGAAACACACUUAUGAGUCAGUAAUAUAACAGAGUUACAGCCUGCGUUAUUUUGACCAUCCUAACAAUCAUCUGGAGCUGUGAUUGGUUAGGACGCUCAGAGCACACAUUAAAAGCACUGUGAUUGGUUAGAGGGCUCAUUAGCAUAUUAACAAACAAUAUAUCGCUCAACACGAUGGCUUUUGUAGUAUGUUUUCCCAUCUGAUAACUACUCGAUGAGUUGACCCUGACCGUGUCGGUGUCCGUUAUUCCUGAGAGUUCUGACGCUUGUGCUAAUGUCCAGGACAGGAGGGAGCAGGGAUUCAUUCUGGACAGGGCCUGAGAGACAGGAACGAUGUGAAGAAUGUAAUAUGACUAAUAUGAUUAUUAAUAUUCUGACUGUAACUUUGACAUCACUUUUGAUUGUGUUCUUGUGCUCGUCACUCUUUAUGAAUGUUCUGUACAUAAUGUGUCUUAAAAACAUUAUAUAUGUUUGAGAAAACAAA